GUCUUUUCUUUUUUCAACUUUUUGGUUACUACGGAUGGCUACGGCUACAUCGAUCACUGUUGACCGAAAACUGAAUGGACGAGAUUCGACGUGAUAUUUCAUAACACGCGAACUAAAAAUGGUGAAGGCUGGUACCAGAAAAUUAAAAAUUCCGAGGCCUAAAAGCCUGAAGGCCGGAAACAAAGAUAAAGAAAAGAAUCCUAUGCGAGAAGUGAGAAUCCGUAAACUAUGCUUAAAUAUUUGUGUUGGUGAAUCUGGUGAUAGGCUUACAAGAGCAGCAAAGGUGUUGGAGCAAUUGACUGGUCAGCAACCUGUGUUCUCCAAGGCAAGGUAUACUGUUAGGUCCUUUGGUAUCAGAAGAAAUGAAAAAAUAGCUGUUCACUGUACUGUUAGAGGGCCUAAGGCUGAAGAAAUUUUAGAAAAAGGUCUUAAGGUUCGAGAAUAUGAAUUAAAAAGAGACAACUUCUCUGAUACAGGCAAUUUUGGUUUUGGAAUUCAAGAACACAUUGACUUGGGUAUUAAAUAUGAUCCAUCAAUUGGUAUCUACGGACUUGAUUUUUAUGUAGUUUUAGGACGGCCUGGAUUCAAUGUGGCAUACAGGAGAAGGAAUAAGGGAACUGUCGGCUCAAAACAUCGUCUAUGUAAAGAAGAAGCAAUGAAAUGGUUUCAGCAAAAGUAUGAUGGUAUCAUUCUUCCCACCAAGAGUAGUAAAUAAAUCCAUGUCUGAUUGUUUCAUUUAAUAAAAUAAAGAAAAAAAAUCGUCA